AGCCCGGGCCGCCCUCGCCCGCAGCAGCAGCGCUCGCCCGCUCUCCGGGGCCGGCGCGGAGCGGAGAUGGUGCCGCCGCUGCGGAGCGCCGGGGGCUCCCACCAGUGGCUGGCCAUCGUCUUCCUCGGCCUUUGCUGGUUCCUUCCUCCCGGGAGAUUGGCCGCGCCGGGCGGAGACUUCCCGGGCUCAGCCGUGGACAAUCUGGUGGUCAGGAAAGGGGACACGGCCGUGCUGAGGUGUUACCUGGAAGAUGGAGCCUCCAAGGGGGCCUGGCUGAACCGCUCCAGCAUCAUCUUCGCGGGCAGCGACAAGUGGUCGGUGGACCCGCGCGUGUCCAUCGCCACGGCCAACCGCAGGGAGUACAGCCUGCAGAUCCAGGACGUGGACGUGACGGAUGAUGGCCCCUACACCUGCUCCGUGCAGACCCAGCACACGCCCAGGACCAUGCAGGUGCACCUCACCGUGCAAGUCUCUCCCAAGAUAUUCCGGAUCUCCAGCGACAUCGUGGUGAACGAGGGCAGCAACGUCACCCUGGUGUGCCUGGCCACGGGGAAACCAGAGCCCUCCAUCUCCUGGAGACACAUCUCCCCCUCGGCCAAGCCCUUUGAGAGUGGGCAGUACCUGGACAUCUAUGGAAUUACCAGAGACCAGGCUGGGGAGUACGAGUGCAGCGCAGAGAACGACGUCUCGGUCCCGGACGUGAGAAAAGUCAAAGUCACAGUAAACUUUGUCCCCACAAUUCAGGAACUUAAAUCCAGCGGUGUGAUGCUUGGAGGGAACGGCCUGAUCCGCUGCGAAGGUGCAGGAGUGCCUGCCCCGCUCUUUGAGUGGUACAGAGGAGAGAGGAAACUGAUCAAUGGUCAACAAGGAAUCACUAUUAAAAAUUAUAGUACAAGAUCCCUUCUUACUGUUACCAAUGUGACAGAAGAGCACUUUGGCAACUAUACUUGUGUCGCUGCCAACAAGCUAGGGACGACCAAUGCCAGCCUGCCUCUCAACCAAAUUAUUGAGCCUACUACCUCUAGUCGUGUCUCAAGCCCAGCUCCCAGCACAGCCCAGUACGGCAUCACCGGGCACGCCGAGGUGCUCUUCUCCUGCUGGUCCCUGGUGCUGACGCUCUCCUCCCUCAGCAGCAUAUUCUACCUGAAGAACAUCCUUCUGCACUAAAUGUAAAGACCCAUAAAAGGCUUUUAAGGAUUCUCUGAAAGUGCUGAUGACUGGAUCCAAUCUGGUAGAGUUUGUUAAAAGCGGCGUGGGAUAUAAUCAGUGCUUACAUGGGGAUGAUCGCCUUCUGUAGAAUUGCUCAUUAUGUAAAUACUUUAAUUCGACUCCUUUUUUUUUUUGAUUAGCUGCAUUACCUUGUGGAGCAGUACACAUUGUCCUUUUCUAAGACGUGAGAACUCUGAAAUUACUUUUAGAGGAUAUUAAUUGUGAUUUCAUGUUUGUAAUCGACAAGUUUUCAGAAGCAUUCAGUCAUGGUCUGCUGACUCGCAGACUGUAGUUUACAAAAAAAGGAUAUUGCAGUAAAAAUGUGCUUCUUUAAGGCUGCAAUACAAACAUUCAGUUCCCUUCUCAGCUAGCAUUCUAUCCAAACUUACACGAAAAACAUUUGUUCUUUUUUGAGUUAAAAAAAAAAAAAAAUCGAAUAAUAUUGCCUUCAAAAUAUUUCUUCAAAAUAUGACACAUAUCUAGAUUUUCUUCUAGCAUGAUAUUCAGGUUUCAAGAAUGAGCCUUGUACUAUAACUGCGUUGUGCAGUGCCGCUUUCGUUCUCUUCCCUCCUUCCUGCCAGUUCAGCAUGGUUGUGCCUUCAUGAAACACGACUUUCCUCUUCCUCUCCAACCGGUCUGGAAUGUGUUCUGGGAAAUGCUGGAGCAUCCUUUUGAGCGUAGCAGCUGUCUGGUGGGGCCGGAGGUGCCCGGGCUGCCAGGAAAGGCUCCUCUGCCCCCUGCAGGAGCUGCUCCGGGGGCAGGGCUCAGCUCCAGGGCAGCACCGACUCCUUUUGGUCCCUCCCUCCACCGCCACUGAGCAGUAGGUGACCUCUGUAAAAACGACAUUUCCCCGUAGAAAACAGAGCUCCAACGAUUUUGUGGCACCUUUUGAAUGUGGGAAUGUUCCCCCAAAGCCAAAUUCCCACCUGGCUGUAAAUGUCAGGGUCGUCCCUUUUGUAUUGCUGGCAAAGCCGACGUGAAUUGGUAUUUUUCUUGCACUCAAUUUUGUACUGGUUUGGCUGAUUUAGCAAUGAUAAAGGAUGCUUUGAACCAUGAGACACCUGCAAAUCCCUGGAGUAUCAAUUUUCUAUCCCCACAUAUCCCUGUGGCAGCAGCGAGGCCGCUCCUGCUGAGGGCAGGUGGCCGUGCUUGGGAGAGCCACCUGGGCAGGUAGGGCUGGGGGAGCUGCUCCCCUGGCCAGGGCUGUCCCUGCAGCCCCCACACCUUCCCGUGGAGGGGACCCUGCUGGCACACCCUGAGGGACCAGCCCAGAAAUCCUGUGACAUGGUGCUCCAUCCUUCACAGCCCUGCACGGCCCUGGGGUGAAGUGCUGCUCACACAGAAGUGCCACCUGUGUCACUCACUGGGGCAGCCAUGGCCAGCAGCCCUCGGGCACCACAUGCCCUGGUGGCCCCAAGAGCUCCUGACCUGCUCACCAACAACAUCUGACAGCAGGAAUAACAAAAUGCUCAUCACAGAAUCCCGGGCUGGCUUGGGGUGGGAGAGCCCAUCCCAUCCCAGCCCUGCCAGGGACAGGGACAACAGGGACAGGGACAGCUCCACUGUCCCAGGCUGCUCCAAGCCCCGUCCAGCCUGGCCUUGGGUGGGCAGCAGCACUUUCACUGUGAUCACUCCCAGGCUCUGCGUUUGAGCCCCAGUAGUGGCUGGAAUUGCCCAGCUCCCCCCUUUGUUUGCUCAGGGCAGUGAGCAGCCCCAGCUGAGCCCUGGGAAUACUCAGCAGUCCCAAGAUCCCAUUUUUCCAGCCAGGAGGGCUGGGAGCUCCCUGGGCUCAGUCUGAGCUGUCCCAGGCCAGGCACAGCCAGGAGGGGCAGUGCCUCUGCUGUCCCUGCUGAGAGAGCAGAGGUGUUUGCUCCAAAAAUGGCAAUAAAACAUCCUGGGUCACUCUGCAUGUGGUCAGUGACAGACUGUGUGAUUUCUCUUAUUAUUUACAGCCCUGUGCCAAGCAGUUGCUGUUUCCAGAAAUGUGGCAUUUUUUAAAACCUGGAAUAACAUGAACGAACCCAUUCUGCAAGGAAAGGGUACAAACUCACCUCAAAGGAGUUUAUCAGUCCUGAUACCCCAAUCCCUCUUGUAUUGCAGCUUUAAAGUGCUCUAUUUUAGAAUCCAUUCGCUAGGAACAGUGGUGCUGCAGGAAGUCUUGUGUCAGUGCAGUUUCUUGGAGGGAAAAACGAGGCAAUGGAUAACCCAAGCCACGUGUGUAAAACUGGGAGAGUUUCUAUGCUGUGGCUGGACCAAACCCUGCAUUCCAGUGAUUCCUGACAUUUGGAACCUGAUUGUCCAGCAACAGAAUAGAAUGAGCAGCAGCCCGAUUAAACGUGAGAAGCAGA